AUGGAUUUUAGAAUAUGUAUAUUUAUUUUAAUGUUAUCAAAAAUAUUUUCUAUCUAUGGAAAAAAAUGUAAAUUGUAUAAAUGUUCUAUAAAUUAUUCAAAAGAUAUGCAAAGAAAUAAAGUAAAUAUUGGUUCAAAUAGAUUAUUUUGUAAAAUAAUAGAAUCCUAUUUAAAUUGUUUAGAUAAAAAUCUAAAUUAUUGUAUGGGAAAUUUACAAUUUCAUACACUUAAAACUAUUCUUACCAAACAACAAGAAUAUUUUAAUUGUAAAAAUAUUAUAAAAAACAAAAAAUUUUCUCAUUGUUCAAUAUCAUUUAAUGAAUUGAUAAAAAUUAAAGAACCUAAAUAUUAUUGUGCUAUAUUUGGAGGUAAUCAUAUUCAAACAUUUUAUGGAUAUACAUUUCAUUGUCCUUUUUCUGUUGGUACAUAUACAGCUAUUUCAAAUAAUUAUUUAUCAAUACAAAUAACUUUUGAUUAUUUAAAUUAUAAUAAUAAAAAAUUAACAGUAAUUAAAAAAAUAUCAAUUAUUAUAAAUAAAAUGAGUAACUGUACUCAUCGAAGAUCAUAUACAAUUACUAAUGAUGCAAAAAAUUUAUUAGCAUCAUUUAAUGAUGGUAUGACUUAUGGAGGUAAACGAUUAAAACCAUCAGUUGAAAUAAAAAAAAUUAAUUCAACAUCAAUACAAAUAUCAUUAAAUCAUAUUUUAACUAAAAUUAAUUUAUAUAAAUUUAAUACCUCAUUAUCUAUAUCUAUAUUAACAUCAAAUGUCAAAAACAAUUUUAAAAUUUUGAAUGAUACUGUUGUAGAUAAUUAUAAUUGGAAUCAUUUAUGUUAUCAUGGUUGUAUGAUGAAUUUUUCAAUCAACAAUUUAUUUAAAUCUAAAUCUAAUAAUGUAAUAAAUAAUUUAGAAAAUUUUCAAAAUUGUUAUAAUGUUAAACCAAUUAAUGAUUUUGUAUCAUCAAAAGAUAUUUGUAAAUCAAAAAAUUUAAAAAAAUUUUACCUUGAAAGUUGUAUUUUUGAUAUGAUGUAUUAUGGAAAUUCAUCAUAUAUAAUGGCAAAUUUUCCAAUUCAACAACAAGAAAAAAUUUAUAAUAUUAAAAAUAAUUUAAGAAAACAAAAUUUAAAAUUUUCAUAUAAUUUGUAUCAAAAUUUGACAUGUACAAAUGUUCAAAAUUCUCAAGUUUAUAAUGUAUUUUUAGAUAAAUUUAUACAAAGUAUAAUUAUUUUAUAUUACUUUUUACACAAAUUAUAA